GCAACCCAUCGCAACAAACAUGGAUUUUUAUUAUUCACCUUACUCUUCUAUGGGUGCUGCUAUCCUUAUGAUUGGAAAGGCUCUUGGUCUCGAAAUCAAUAAAAUUCAUGUCAACGUUCACCAGCAGGAACAACUGAAGCCAGAAUUCGUGAAGCUCAAUCCACAGCACACCAUUCCCACUCUCAACGAUAACGGUUUCGUUGUUUGGGAAUCUCGAGCCAUUCUCACCUAUCUGGUUGAACAGUACGGAAAGGAUGAUUCUCUUUACCCGAAGGAUCCUCAGAAACGUGCUCUUGUAAAUCAACGCCUCUACUUCGAUAUGGGAAAGCUUUAUAAAUCCUUCCUGGAGUACUUUUAUCAACAAAUCCAAAAGAAACCAGAAGAUCCUGAGCUAUUCAAGAAGGUAGAAGCUGCCCUAGAGUUCCUCAACAUUUUCCUCGAGGGUGAAAAAUAUGUGGCAGGUGAUUCCUUCACUGUUGCCGAUAUUGCUAUCCUCGCAACCGUGGCCAAUUUAAAAGUCAUUAAUGUAGACUAUAGCAAAUACACAAAUAUUGUAAGAUGGUAUGAGAAUGGUAGAAAAGAAGCACCUGGAUGGGAAGAGGUUGAAAAUACCGUUGAUACUUUCAAGGCAGUCAUUGAAGCAAGAAAGUAAAAUAAUAUAUAUUAAAAAACCCUUUUUAAAACAAUUAAAUACUCUUUAAAUAAAUUAUUU